GCCUCCGCCCCGCACCCGCCGCUGCCGCCGCCGCCGCUGCACCUGCCACCAUGUCGCCGCGGCCGGGGCAUGUCUGAGUCGCUCUGGACCGCGCUCUCUAAUUUCUCCAUGCCCUCCUUCCCUGGCGGCAGCAUGUUCCGCCGCACCAAGAGUUGCCGCACCAGUAACCGGAAAAGCCUCAUCCUGACCAGCACCUCGCCCACCCUGCCGCGACCCCACUCUCCGCUGCCCGGCCACCUGGGUAGCAGCCCCCUGGACAGCCCCCGCAAUUUCUCUCCCAACACCCCUGCCCACUUCUCAUUCGCCUCCUCCCGCAGGGCGGAUGGACGCCGCUGGUCCCUGGCUUCCCUUCCCUCAUCUGGCUAUGGUACCAACACGCCCAGCUCCACGGUCUCGUCCUCCUGCUCCUCCCAGGAGCGCCUGCACCAGCUGCCUUACCAGCCCACGGUGGACGAGCUGCACUUCCUGUCCAAGCACUUCGGCAGCACGGAGAGCAUCACCGACGAGGAUGGGGGGCGCCGCUCCCCGGCCGUGCGCCCCCGCUCCCGGAGCCUCAGCCCGGGGCGCUCCCCCUCCUCCUACGACAACGAGAUCGUGAUGAUGAACCAUGUGUACAAGGAGCGUUUCCCCAAGGCCACGGCGCAGAUGGAGGAGAAGCUGCGCGACUUUGCCCGAGCCUACGAGCCCGACAACGUGCUGCCCCUGGCGGACGGCGCCCUCAGCUUCAUCCACCACCAGAUCAUCGAGCUGGCCCGCGACUGCCUGGCCAAGUCCCGAGACGGCCUCAUCACCACCGUGUACUUCUACGAGCUGCAGGAGAACCUGGAGAAGCUGCUGCAGGAUGCCUACGAGCGCUCGGAGAGUCUGGAGGUGACCUUUGUCACCCAACUCGUGAAGAAGCUCCUUAUCAUCAUCUCCCGACCUGCCCGGCUGCUGGAGUGUCUGGAAUUCAACCCCGAGGAGUUCUACCACCUGCUGGAGGCGGCCGAGGGCCAUGCCAAGGAGGGUCACCUGGUGAAGACAGACAUCCCCCGAUACAUCAUCCACCAGCUGGGCCUCACCCGAGACCCCUUCCCAGAUGUGACGCACUUGGAGGAACAGGACAGUGGGGGUUCCAACACCCCCGAGCAGGACGACCACUCUGAGGGCCGUGGGACAGCCACCAAGGCCAAGAAGCCCCCAGGCGAGAACGACUUUGACACCAUCAAACUCAUCAGCAAUGGCGCCUAUGGGGCUGUCUACCUGGUGCGCCACCGGGACACGCGACAGCGCUUCGCCAUGAAAAAGAUCAACAAGCAGAACCUGAUCCUGCGGAACCAGAUCCAGCAGGCCUUCGUGGAGCGUGACAUCCUCACCUUCGCCGAGAACCCCUUCGUGGUGGGCAUGUUCUGCUCCUUCGAGACGCGCCGCCACCUCUGCAUGGUCAUGGAGUAUGUGGAAGGGGGGGACUGUGCCACGCUGCUGAAGAACAUUGGGGCACUGCCCGUGGAGAUGGCUCGCAUGUACUUUGCAGAGACUGUGCUGGCCCUGGAGUAUUUGCACAACUACGGCAUCGUGCACCGGGAUCUCAAGCCAGACAACCUCCUCAUCACCUCCAUGGGCCACAUCAAGCUGACUGACUUUGGCCUGUCCAAGAUGGGGCUCAUGAGCUUGACCACCAACCUUUAUGAGGGCCACAUUGAGAAGGAUGCACGGGAGUUCCUGGAUAAGCAGGUGUGCGGAACCCCAGAGUACAUCGCCCCCGAGGUCAUCCUGCGCCAGGGUUACGGCAAGCCGGUGGACUGGUGGGCCAUGGGCAUCAUCCUCUAUGAGUUCCUGGUGGGCUGCGUGCCUUUUUUCGGCGACACCCCAGAAGAGCUGUUUGGGCAGGUCAUCAGCGAUGACAUUCUGUGGCCAGAGGGGGAGGAGGCCCUGCCCCCGGACGCCCAGCUUCUGAUCUCCAACCUUCUGCAGACCAAUCCCUUGGUCCGCCUGGGGGCAGGUGGCGCCUUCGAGGUCAAACAGCACAGCUUCUUCCGGGACCUGGAUUGGACGGGCCUCCUGCGACAGAAAGCCGAGUUUAUCCCCCACCUGGAAUCUGAGGAUGACACCAGCUAUUUCGACACCCGCUCGGACAGGUACCACCAUGUCAACUCCUACGAUGAGGACGACACGACGGAGGAGGAGCCCGUGGAGAUCCGCCAGUUCUCCUCCUGCUCGCCCCGCUUCAGCAAGGUAUAUAGCAGCAUGGAGCAGCUGUCCCAGCAGGAGCCCAAGACCCCCGUGGCGGCGACGGGGCCUAACAAGCGGGAUCCAGGCGCCAAGGGCACUGAGGAGAAGGUGGCCGGCAAGCGGGAGGGCCUGGGUGGCCUGACCCUGCGCGAGAAGACCUGGCGAGGGGGCUCGCCCGAGAUCAAGCGCUUCUCGGCAUCCGAGGCCAGCUUCCUGGAGGGGGAGGCCAGCCCCCCGCUGGGGGCCCGCCGCAGGUUCUCAGCGCUGCUGGAGCCCAGCCGCUUCAGCGCCCCCCAGGAGGACGAGGACGACGCGCGGCUGCGCAGGCCUCCCCGGCCCAGCUCCGACCCCCCAGGAUCCCUGGAGGUGCGGACCCCCAAGGAGGGAGCUCCAGGCGAUGCCACUCCCAGCUCCUGCGACCCGGAAGCCACUGACCGCCCCCGCCCAGGCGACCUCUGCGCCCCCUCGAAGGACGCAGACCCAGCGGGUCCCCGGGCCACCAACGACCUCGUUCUGCGCCGUGCGCGGCACCAGCAGCUCUCCGGGGACCCCGCGGUGGAGAAACGACCCUCCCGGACCGGCGGCAAAGUCAUCAAAUCCGCCUCCGCCACGGCCCUGUCGGUCAUGAUUCCUGCAGUGGACCCCCACGGCAGCUCGCCGCUGGCCAGCCCCAUGUCCCCCCGCUCCCUGUCCUCCAACCCGUCUUCGCGAGACUCGUCCCCCAGCCGCGACUACUCCCCGGCCGUCAGCGGGCUCCGUUCCCCCAUCACCAUCCAGCGCUCGGGCAAGAAGUACGGCUUCACCCUGCGCGCCAUCCGCGUCUACAUGGGCGACUCGGACGUCUACAGCGUGCACCACAUCGUCUGGCACGUGGAGGAGGGGGGUCCUGCCCAGGAGGCGGGGCUCUGUGCGGGGGACCUGAUCACUCACGUGAACGGAGAGCCGGUGCACGGCAUGGUGCAUCCCGAGGUGGUGGAGCUGAUCCUUAAGAGCGGCAACAAAGUGGCGGUGACCACGACGCCCUUUGAAAAUACCUCCAUCCGCAUUGGCCCGGCGCGGAGAAGCAGCUACAAAGCCAAGAUGGCCCGGAGGAACAAGCGGCCUUCGGCCAAGGAGGGCCAGGAGAGUAAGAAGCGCAGCUCCCUCUUCCGGAAGAUCACGAAGCAGUCCAAUCUGCUGCACACCAGCCGCUCGCUGUCCUCCCUGAACCGCUCGCUGUCGUCCAGCGACAGCCUCCCGGGCUCGCCCACCCACGGGCUGCCCGCUCGCUCACCCACCCACAGCUACCGCUCCACGCCCGACUCCGCUUACCUGGGCGCCUCCUCCCAGAGCAGCUCCCCGGCCUCCAGCACCCCCAACUCGCCGGCGUCGUCGGCCUCUCACCACAUGCGGCCCAGCACCCUGCACGGCCUGUCCCCCAAGCUGCACCGCCAGUACCGCUCGGCGCGCUGCAAGUCUGCGGGCAACAUCCCGCUGUCGCCGCUGGCGCACACGCCGUCCCCGACACAGGCCUCGCCGCCGCCGCUGCCGGGCCACACGGUGGGCAGCUCGCACACCACGCAGAGCUUCCCGGCCAAGCUGCACUCGUCCCCGCCCGUGGUGCGGCCGCGCCCCAAGAGCGCCGAGCCCCCCCGCUCCCCGCUGCUCAAGCGCGUGCAGUCGGCCGAGAAGCUGGGCGCCUCCCUGGCCGCCGACAAGAAGGGGGCGCUGCGCAAACACAGCCUCGAGGUGGGCCACCCGGAUUUCCGCAAGGAUUUCCACGGCGAGCUGGCCCUGCACAGCCUGGCCGAGUCCGACGGCGAGACGCCCCCCGUCGAGGCCCCGGGGGCCACCCGCCAGGUCGCCGUGCGCCGCCUGGGCCGCCAGGAGUCGCCCCUGAGCCUGGGCGCCGACGCUCCGCCGCUGCCCGACGGCGCGUCCCGGCCCCCCAAGGACAAGGAGUCCCCCGGCGGCGGCGGCGGCGGCGGGGAGGCGGGCACCCCGCCCCGGGCCACCACCCCCGGGGGCCGGACCCUGGAGCGGGACCCCGGCGGCCCGCGGCACCAGGGCGCGCAGACCGACGACGGAGCCCUCGGGGCGGCCCGGGCGGUGGCCAAGGCGGCGCUGAGCCCCGUGCAGGAACACGAGACGGGCCGGCGCUGCAGCUCCGGGGAGGCGGGCGCGCCCCCGGUGCCCAUCGUGGUGGAGCCCGCCAGGCCCGGGCCCAAGGCCAAGGCGCCCCAGCCUCCCAGCGCCCUUCCCGGAGGCGGCGGCCCUGCAGACUCCAAGCCGGUGCCGGAGUCGGCCGUACCCCGGGAGCGCUGGGUGCUGGAGGUGGUGGAGGAGCGGACCACGCUGAGCGGGCCUCGCCCCAAGCCCGCCUCCCCCAAGCUGUCCCCGGAGCCCCCCGCGCCCUCCCCGCCCGCCCCCACGAAACCCGUGCCGAGCAGCGCAGGCCCCCCCGCCCCAGCGGCCUCCCUCCCCAGCGCGCCCCACAAGCCCGAGGGGGGGCUGUCUUCCAGGUGCCCCGCAGAAGCUGUGCCCCCAGCGGGUCUGAGCAAAAAAGGGGUGCCCUGCCCCACGCCACCGGGCCCCUAGCCCAGAGGGCGCCCGGCUUCGUGCUGUACAGCGUCUCUAUACAUAUGUACACAUAUAAAUAAAGCAUAGCGUGUUCCCCGA